AUGUCAAAUCAAAUCAACCUUCCGGGUGGACUACCUGGACUUUCUGUGCCUCAACCACCAGGAUCAAUGUCAUCGGGAGUUGGCUCUUCCGCAAAUUCUGAUGCAAUAAUUGUCGAUAUACUUUGUGAAUUUGCCGAUUUCUUUGUAGAUCUGGCAAGUAAUGUGGCUGCUCGUACAGGUAAAAUGUGGAAACCUAGAAUCUUAUUACAACAAAAAUCUAAGAGAUCUAUUAGAGCACCAGAGGAUCCAAACAAGCCAAAAAGACCACAUACUGCUUAUACUCUUUGGUGUGAACAUAUUCGUCAAAAAGUUAGAGAGAAUGAUCCUAACCGUGCACUACAAAUGAAAGAUCUCGCAGAAAUGUGGAACAGUCUUCCUGAACAAGAGAAAGGUCCAUGGGAGAGGAAGGCUCAAGAGUUCAAACAAAAAUAUCUUGCUGAAAUGGCUGCUUACAGAGCAUCCGGUCCUACAUCUGUUGGCGGCGGCCCUUCUCCUUCUGCCCAGCAACAAAUGCAACCAUUUAGUUCUACUAGUAUGACGGGCUGGUAA